AUCUCCAGGUUGAUGAAAAAUGCGGCAAGUUCAAAUGUUUACUGAAGUAAGAGUAGAGUAAUGUCAUGUUGGAAUGCCCAGCAGAGGUGUCCCCUGAUAUGUGUAAGAGAUUGACUAACAUUUGGUCAAUAAUUUUGAAGACCAAGGUUGGGAACAUACACGCUACGCUGCCAAUAUGAAAAGGUCCAGGCCUGGAGUCUUUACUCACUUCACAGCAUGGUUUUCACAGAGUGUCCCUGAAGAGACAGUAAGAGCAUGGUUACAACAAGAAGGUAAACUUGCAGACCAGAGCUGUGCCAAGUUUCUCUUCAGUGUGGAGGCUGACUGUCCAGACACAAGAGAAUUCUUCCGGAGUAGCCUUUACCUUGAUGACAGGCUGUCCAUGUUCCAUGCUGACUUUGUUGAUGCUACUGUCCAACAAGGAGACAUGAGUGUGGUACCAAUAGGCAUGUAUGUACUACCUCCACCAGAGCUGCAUCCUGAACUAGAGAAGAGAGGCAAACUAGCAUGGAUGAAGACUACAGGAUGCAAAGAAACCAUCCUACCUUCAAAUUGCAGGAAAGAUUCAGAAGACAUAAAAGAAGAUUCAGUAACAGGAGAGAACAUUGUUGGACAGAGGGAAGCCUUAUCUAGCCUUGCAGAUAGUGAGAGGCCUCUUGCCGCUGAUAGUUCAGAGAAUGUCACUGCUGUUACUUUUACAAGUACUGUUGUACAAGCCACAAAAAGCCAGGAUCAUGGGGAGGACAUCCAGCAACCAACAGGCUUUGAUGAAAGAACUUCUAAUGAAGAAGUGACUGAAGCACAACCAAAACAAGGGAACAACAGCAAGUCAGCUAGCACUAGCUAUUCAUUAGAACCAGAACACAGUACUAAAGCACACCCAGAUCCAGGUGACUCAUGCAGGGCACCACAUAGGUUCUUACACAGCAGACUGGAUGAUAUUCCUCAUGUUGCUGACCUCCGGAUGAGAAGUGAAGUGUUGCAAGAUUUCAUUCCAGGUUCAAAUGGAUUCAAUGUCAAAUGCCGCAGUAAGUGAUUCCUGGUACAGUGUUUACUGUAGUUUCUGUUCAAAUAUAUAUAGGGCAGUUGCUAUUUUUUUAAAAUCAAGUAUACAACUGUUAUAGGGGAUGAUAAAUUAGACCCUGAUUACUUGUCGCAAAUAAAAAAACUUAUUCUGACAAUGGAACUUCCUUUAGGUCAACUGCUGUUUGUUGCAUUGACAAGGUAUUGUGUAAAAUAAUUCAGUGUCACAAUUUUCUUUCUACUGCACUCUUUGCUGUUGUAAAUAUUGUUGUAACUGAAUUUGUACAUAGCCAGAAUUUGAAUUUGAUGUGAAUUUGAUGAUCAGAAAUAAUGUACAUGACAUUUCCAAAUACACUGUAUUGUUGUAACUGAAUUUGAUUUGCCAGAAUUUGAUAUUAAUCACCAGAAAUGUGUACAUGUACAUUUUGUACUCCAGAGCUUGGCAACAAUCUUAGAUGAUGGAUUUACCACAGAACAGGAAUUGUGAAGUGUCAUUGAAUUGUUUUAUGUAUGAAUGGAAAAGAAGACAACAAGAAAACAAAACCAAAGUA